AAAAGGGAAAGAACUGUAAAUUUUAUUCUCCAUCCGUCAGACUGCUACUUCCUUGUUCACAUCGAAUAUUCCACAACUUUUAACAUUUUUUGUGCCUAUUUUCAUUAAAAUAUCAAAUAAAAUGACUGGAAAAAUAACAGUUUACAUUAGCAAUGUGGUGUCAAGUAUGGAGACCCGGAAGAACCAAACUAGAAUUCAAGAUGUUCUGGCGGGUAAAAAGAUAGAGUUUGAAGUUGUUGAUGUCUCUGCUAGUAAAGAUGAGUUGGCAAAAAUGAGAGAGAUUGUGGGUAAUGAGCAUGCGUGCCCUCCUCAGAUUGUAAAUGGCACUGUUUACUGCGGGGACUAUGAACAGUUUGAUGAUGCCGUUGAAUGUGGAACACUGAAAGAAUUUUUGAAGCUCUGAAAAAAUAAUGGUGCUACAUCCUUAUUUCUUUUUUUUUUGUUAUGCCAUACAAGCAUUCAUGCCCAACUGAGAAACACCAUGGAUGAGGAAUCACACAUCACAUAUAAUGCUAAAAUGUAAUAUAAUAACUAUUCACUUCAAAUGUAGAAGGUUUUAUGUUGUUAUUUCAGCAUUGUAGUGAAGCAAGCCAUUUUUUAAAGUUGCUUUAUGAUGUAUAAUCACCUGUAAAAUUGUAACAUAUCUGCUCAUUAAUGCAGUAAUUGUCAAGUAGUGAACAAAUUAGUAACACAUUCACAUUUAGCCUGCACACUACAUUCCUCUUUCAGUUUUCCACUGCUACUAUGUGUAUUAUCUGCCAAUGUAUUUUUAUCAAUUUAAAUAAAAUCUUUAAAAAAAAAAGAAACAAGUAGAACACUACAAUAAUUAUUUUAAAAUAUUUACUUCUUAUUCAAACUAUUUGUAAUCAAAGUUAAAUGAACUAUGUAGUGGAAACAAGUAAAUGUGUUCAACUUUCUGCAUCAGUAUUCAAUACAGCAAUAGUAUGUGUAGGUAAAUAAGGAACAAUGGCUUGUCUCAAUCUAGAUGCAUAAAUAUCACCAUUUAAGUGGGAGGAGGGGGUUUAAUUGUAAGACAUUGAAUUGUAAGUGAAUUAACUAAAUAAAGUAAGAGCUUCCAAGGUUCAGUUAAUUAUGAUUUAAAAAUAAACAUAUCAAAAUUUGAUACUUCAGUGGAGUUUGGUAUUUAAAAGAUUAUUUCACAAUCUGCCAUGUUGUAUUUUUACUUAGCUUUUUUAACCUUGUGACAGUGUUUCAAUGUUGAUAUCAGCCCACCUUCUAUAUCUAACAUAAAUCACAAGCUUGCUGUUCACAAUUUUAUAUGGGAUAUUUAUAUGGAAUCAGGUUUAACUUUCUAUACACAUUUUUCAUGUAAUUGAAUGGAAUAUUUUUUAGAUCAUCAGUUUUUUUUAAGCCUUAUCUGUGUGCAUAUA